ACAGUUCAGAUUGGCUGUCCCCCAGCCUGGCCAAGCCAUGUUGCUGUUCUGAACCCACAACCCUUUACCAGCCCCAUCUGGUCUCUUCCCAGAGUGGGCACCGGAGGAGUCUCCCUUGAUGAGGCUGGUGUCUCUGCAAAAUGCUGAUGGUUUGUGGGACCUGGACCCCCGUCUGGCUGCUAUGCUGGGGGUGAGCGAGACCGAUGCCAGGGAGAGGAUACCCAGGGAGGACAUGACCCCCAGCAUCUGGGCCACAGUGCUAGCCGUGGUCUGGCUGCACGACCGGGCUGUGGGGCAGCGCAAUGAGUGGGAGCUGCUGGAGGCCAAGUCUGUGGGUUGGGUGCAGGACCGAGAAGGGGCCCGGCUGAGUGAGUGCCUGGAAGCCGCCAACGCCCUGCUGGGCUGCAGCGUUGGUCCUGCUGUCUUCGGGCUCUGAGCCCCCCUGGGAUCCCCGUACCUGCUCCCCAGACUACCUUGGGCAUUCAACUGGGAGCCCCAAGAGCCAACAGGGGGUGCAGAUGUGACUGUGCU